CUUCGGUCCUUCCAACCUUCCAGCAGGCGGCGUCGAUGCCCUUUUCCCAAUCGGCGCUGCCUCUGGAGCUCUCUCUCUCUCUCUCUCUCACCAGUUGACCUGAGCCUGAGCCAGAGCCCCCGCAGCACGAGCUCAACCAGACCGGACCCAACUGACUGAACUGAACAGAACUGAACAGAACUGAAAUAGCUGAUGGAUGGAUGAGCUCAAACCCCCCGAGACUCAUCCCGAUCCCCGCUCUGGUGGUAUCCGCCAGCGGUCAGACUUUCACUCUCUCCCUCUCGGAGCGAAGAGACUCUUCACAGCACUCCCUUGCCAGCGUCCACUGAGGCCGAGCACCGCAGCGGGCCUAGUUUGCACCACUGCGCUCCAUUCAACUCUCCUCUGUCGUGGCGUGAUCGGGAUUGGAAUUUGUUUCUUCGUCCUGCAGUGUUGUCUCAAGCCUUCUGUCUCUGCUUGCUCGCAUUUGCUUUUUACACAAUUGUCACCGCCGGUGGCUGCGGGUGCUAGUGGGGCUAGCUAGCUAGUGGCCGAAUCGUUGGCAGGCGCGUUGUCGCUCGAACAUUCCUCCGUCGUCGCUCGAUGAAUGGUCUUUGCCGGCCCGGACCAAUGUGAGCUGGAGCUGCCGAGGUCACUCGAGUCGUGGCGGAUGAUCGAGAGGCGGACGAAGGAGAUUUGGAAAGACCGUGCACCGAUGCAGAGUCGAGUAGAGUAGAGGGAGGAGCAUAUGCGGGACGAGGAGGGUGCAGCGGAUGGCUAGAGGAGACGACGAUGAUGAGUGAGCAACAGUACCUUCUUCCGGGAAUCCCCGACCGGAUUACGAUCGAGGGCAUUCUCACGCGAGCGCCCUGGAAGACUCUCUGCACUCUGUGCGCCGUGAACCGAGCAUGGCGCCACGCGAUUCAGAGCCGGCGAGUGUACGACGCGCGCACUUGCACCAAAUCCUCGCGCACGCUGGUCGUCCUCAUCCACAACAAUCCGUCGGCCGCCGCGCCUCGAGACCGCUCGGGCUCAGGCGCUAGCGAUUCGAGCGCCACCGGGCGCGGCGGCGUCGGCCCGAAAAACCCCGUCCCCGCGCACUGGCGCUUCGCCGUCUCGCUCUACGACCCCGACGAUGGCUCGUGGAUCAAGCUGCCCUCCAUCCCGGGAAUCACCAGCGGCGUCCCGAAAUUCUGCGGAUGCGCUUUCUUGGACGGGAAGCUGUACAUUCUCGGGGGCGACGACUUCGACCGCGUCUACUCGACGCGGGAGGCGCACAUGAUCGAUCUGGCCGCAGGGCGUGGGGUGUGGGAGCGGUGCGCCAGCAUGGAGUGCCCGCGGUCGCAAUUCUGCUGCGCCGUGAACAAUGGGCGGAUUUACGUCUUCGGGGGCGGCUGUCGGCCGCAGAUCGACUACUCGCGAGACGCCGAGGUCUUCGAUCCCGAGAAGAACACUUGGCGGUCCAUCGCUGACAUGAUGCACUCGCGGACGAAUCACACGGUGCUGAAUCUUGAGGGCCGGCUGUUGGUCAUCGGGGGCGCGGUCUGGCUCGAGGCCGAGGACGAGAUCAAUUUCCAGAAGUCGGGCGGCGACGAGCUCUUCGAGCAUUGCUUCAACCCUACUUUUGCCGAAGUGUACGAUCCCCGGAAGAACAAGUGGCGGACCGUGGAGAACAUCACCAAGCGCGAGAAGGACGAUGCGUUCGUCGUGGUGCACGGGAAGAUGUUCGUCCUGAGGCCGGACUCGGUGCAUGUGUACGACGUCGCUUACAACUCGUGGACGUUCGUGCAGCCCAUUUCGUGGGAGACGCAGCUGCGCAAUGGGGCUAAGGAUUGUAGCGUCAGAGCUGCGGCUUACGUCGGGCGGGAGCUCGUGGCAGUCGUCGGCCGAUGUGCGGAGGAAGACUAUGGCAUUAUUCUGCUCAAGAGCAAGAACUUUCGGCGGAAAAAUGCCUUGAUGACCUGGGAGCCCAUCGCUUCUCCCUACGUCUUCGACACGGACCAUCAUCCCAUAUUGUCUAUCCAGCUUUGAUAUUAUCGAGGUUGGUCCUUGUCCAUCGUGUCCAGCUUGCUCGGCUGCUUCUGUUUCCUUGGAAGUCCCGUCGCUCUCGCUCGAAAUCUCACCAUGUCAGAAGAAUUCAUCGUCGUGAUUAAACAGGAGUUUCACUCUUGAAGAAGAGCAUCACGUUCUCGUGGAUGGAAUACUAUGAAUUUACGCUACAACUGCAUCUCUCUAGGGUAUGAGGCCCCGGCCAGUGAAUACAUGGCAUCAUACAUUGCAUCUUCUGCCAGUACUCCUGGCCCUUGCGUAGGCGCUCGACAGUCUCAUGACGAAUCUCGAAUGCAUCGCAAGUUCUGCCGCAAGUACAUUGCUCGAUUGGUUUAGUAAUUUCAGUGGUCGGUAAAUCAGCACAUAGGGCUGUUCUGUACCAUUCGAGUUAACUUCACUUCUGUCAAAAAUGGAUCCAUCGCUGUGGCAUCAGAUGUGAGCCUCACAUGGCUCUCCAUAUCAAUACCUGUGCCCUUGAGCUCCUUCCCUGGAAGGAACUUUCUGCAGAGGACUGUUUCUCACUCGUCUAGAGAUAGGAGGCAGAUCGCAAAGUGCACUGGUGCCAGAUUGAUUGAGAUUGGGCUACACUCUUGACUGAACCACCCAUUGUCAGAAAGGUGAACUGCUGUCUGCUGUCACCUCCAAAGGAAUUAGUUGUACUAUUGAUGUCUAAUCAUCUAGAUUGAGAUUUCUUGGUUCACAAGGGCAAUUCAGUGAGCUUCAUGAAGAGAACCUGUUCAUCUAGCUGAACUUGUUUAUUCGACAGAAGGGCUAGAACAGUGGGUUUCGGGUGGGUCGAGCAUUCGGAUCUGCAAAUUACGCAUAAGUGACUGAAAAUAGGAGAGCAGAAGAGGAGACUUUCUCCGACCAGGUCUUUGUCUCCGC